AUGGGGCAAGAUGGCCUAAAACAGACAGGAGAUGGACCAAGGUUGCUUGUUGAAAGGUUAGUCUAUGCAGAGACACUAGUAAACAGUCCGAUACUGAGCCCAGGACAAUGUACGAUCAACAUUAAAACUGAUCUAGCUUAUCCAGAGCCGGUUUUUAUAAGGAACAAUAAACUCUGGCUUCCUCAACAAGGCCAACUAAAGUGGGCUGCAGCCGAAUCGAACGUUAUAGCGUGUCCCAAGACAACUAUUAAAAACACAAUAUCAGAAACUGCAAUGCUAACCUGUAUCUCUGGCAAUCAAUAUCUGCUGAAUGGCCUUCCAGUUAAUAUAUCAAGCGUAGUUUGUUCUAAGGUUGUAACAGGAGAUCAUUUAUUCACUGAUCAAAAAUGUGGCGACGCCGGAACCGUGCGUCAAAUUGGUUUCGAUAUCAGUGGUAUUGGAUUUAUUCCACAUUUCAUCAUUUGUUAUAAUGCGUCUACCGCUUCAGUUAUUUAUACAAGUCACACUAUUUACGGAGAUUCAAUUGCUGCUGGCAUUGUAGAGUCUUACAGACCAUCUUUUAAAGUUGCUGGUGUACCAAGUAUUGUGACGGUUGAUAGUUCAUACACAUCGAAAUCACAGCUGGCACGCCUUACGGAAUUACUUGGGUCAGCCACGCAAGCAGCAAAUUAUAUCAACAGUGCCUCGUACCUGGCUCGCGGGCACAUGACUCCGGAUGCCGAUGGUAUUUUCAGAACAUGGCAAUGGGCUACUUAUUUUUACGUCAAUGCUGCACCACAGUGGCAGAAAGUAAAUGGUGGAAAUUGGUUGACCAUUGAAAAGUAUGCUCGAUCCAUCGCUGAACUAUUGCAGCAGGAUAUAAUAGUUUACACCGGAACACAUGGUAUUUUAACCCUGCCUCACAUCAACGGCUCUCAGGUGCCUAUUACACUAAGUCCCAAUGGGAUAGCAGUUCCCAAAUGGUCAUGGAAGAUCAUAAAGUCUCCUUUGUCGAAUGCUGCAGUCGCAUUUAUUACAAGCAACGAUCCAUAUCGAACUUCAAUGCAGUCUGAUGAGUUUCUAUGUCCUGAUAUUUGCCGGCAAUAUGGUUGGUAUAGCGCGGCAUUUGAUACAUUUUCUAAAGGUUUCACAUAUUGCUGUAGCGUAGACAGCUUCAAGGCAGUCGUCAGAAAUAUCCCGGAUGAAGUAAAUGCAAUUAAUAUACUAGCGCUUUGA